AUGGAGUUGUUGUCUGACGAUCCUGAGCAGUUGCUACUCGAACGAGAAGAAUUCGACACUAGAUAUUACUCGCUAGUUGCAUCGGCGCGCACUCUUCUUGCUAAGUGUAGUCGUCAGCAACGGCGAACAUUAUCCAUGUCCGAGUCGAGCGAAGGGAGCGAGCGAGCAAACAGGGGUGCCCUUCAUGACUUCGUCAGGCUACCAAAAAUAACUUUGGUUAACGUGGUUGGCGCGGACGGAAACCUACACCCUGCCCGCGCUCUUCUCGACAAUGGUGCCACUGCGCACUAUGUCACACGGCAGCUCUGUGAGAGGCUGGGUUUGGAACGGCGUAACGUAAGCUCCACUGUGACAGUAAAAGCAUUGCACCUGGAGCUGGUCACGGAUCUUACAAAGGAGGCAUUCCUUGCAGCGUUCCUGAGAUUUAUUAGUCGACACGGAAAGCCAAUUUCGGUGACGUCAGAUAAUUCGACGACAUUCAUAGGAGCUAGUAACGAUCUUCCAUCAUUUUUUAGUCAAUGCUCAGAAAACAUUAAAAAUGAAUUAAGUAAUAGGGGUAUUGAAUUUAAAACCAUUCCCCCUUACACACCUCAUUUUGGUGGUCUUUGGGAAGCGGCGGUUAAGUCUGUGAAACAUCACCUUAGACGUAUUCUAACACUCACAAACUUAACCUACGAAGAGAUGUCAACUUGUUUGAUUCAAAUAGAGGCUAUCCUUAAUUCUAGACCUCUCACUCCUCUGUCCUCGGAUCCUUCAGAUCUUACAUGCCUUACACCCGCUCACUUCCUUAUAGGGCGUUCACUGUUGACAGUUCCCCGUCCUCCGGUCAGCGACGCUAAUAUCAAUCGCUUGGACCGCUACGAGAGGAUCGAGAAACUAAAACAGCAUUUUUGGACAAGAUUCUCAACUGAAUACAUUUCUCUCCUCCAGCAACGCUCCAAGUGGCGGUCUUCUUCAAGUUCUCUCCAGCUCGGCUCUAUGGUUCUCGUGAAGGAGAAGAACCAACCACCACUUCUGUGGCAGCUGGGCAGAGUCGUCAAGCUGCAUCCAGGCAAGGAUGGUGUCAACCGGGUUGCCGACAUCAAGACCAGGAAGGGCAUCAUUCAGAGGGCCUUCAAUAACAUCUGCCCCCUUCCAAUCUCUUCAUAAAGUUGAAUGUCUUCAACGUUCCCCGGGCAGUAUGUUCGAUGCCCACUAGUAUGCAUCGAAACCGGUCCGCGGGUCGCGGGCUCCGCGGGGGGCGACCCGCGAGCUCGAGUUACGUGGCCCACACGAUCAUUCACGCAUUGGCGGUCUCAGUGCAUUUACUAAACUUUGUAACAAAAUAAAUCCUAGUAAACCA